GUCAAUACGAUCCUGAGCUAUCUUUCGCCGAAAACACCACCUUAGGGAAGCCUCUCAUUUCUCAAUUUGAUCUUCUGUGUGUCAUGCGUGAUGUGUCCGAUAGAGAGAGGGACACAAAGCUGGCGAAGUUUGUGCUUAAAAAUCACAGGCUUCGGAUCUCGAGUGAGGAUAACCGAGUUAUGAAUAACCAACAGGAUCAGGCUGAUUUUGAACGGAUCGACCAAACUCUUCUAUGGAAAUAUAUUUCCUAUGCGAGGGAACAUGUUGAACCUGUUUUGGACAAGGAUGAUAAAUAUGAUAAAAUCACCAGGUUUUCCGCCGAUAUACGGGCGAGCAACC